UUGGGAGCUAGCAAGAAUAGCUAGCCAUUAAGCUAAAAACAAGGUUCUUGUUGUGAGGCUUCAAACGGGUAAAAUGUCUAAAACACACCCACUGCCCCCUUCGUCUUCGGCAGUGACGACCACCGGGGGGGCCUCUUCGUCCUCUUCGUCCUCGCCCGCUGGGGGCUCGACUUCCCCCGCAACCGUGUUGAACGUGCAGCCCGAGAAACCUCAACAUUACACAUAUUUAAAGGAGUUCAGAACUGAGCAGUGCCCCCUGUUCGUACAGCAUAAAUGUACACAACACAGGCCGUUUUCCUGUUUCCACUGGCACUUCCUUAACCAGCGGCGCCGCAGACCCAUCCGCAGGCGGGACGGGACCUUCAACUACAGCCCAGAUGUGUACUGUACCAAAUAUGACGAAGGAACGGGCACCUGUCCCGAUGGAGACGAAUGCCCAUUUCUACAUCGGACUGCAGGGGACACAGAGCGACGGUACCACCUCCGCUACUACAAGACAGGAUCGUGUAUUCAUGAAACUGAUGGAAAAGGCCACUGUAGCAAAAACGGCUCCCACUGUGCCUUCGCCCACGGAUCACAUGACCUGCGCACCCCUGUCUAUGACAUCAGGGAAGUGCAGGUAAUGGAGACUCAGGGAGGCUCGGGGCCAACAGAGGGAAGCGCAGGAGACGGCCAGUCGGGACAGGCAGCAAGCACAGCCCUCAUAGAGAAGAUACUGAGUGAGGAGCCACGCUGGCAAGAUAACAACUAUGUGCUGUCCCACUACAAGACGGAGCUCUGUAAGAAACCCCCCCGCCUCUGCCGUCAAGGCUAUGCCUGUCCGUAUUACCAUAACAGCAAAGACCGGAGGCGCAGCCCGCACAAGCACAAAUACAGAGCGUUGCCUUGUCCAGCUGUGAAACAGAGUGAGGAGUGGGGGGACCCCAGUAAAUGUGAGGGAGCAGAGGGAUGCCAGUAUUGCCACACCAGAACGGAACAGCAGUUCCACCCAGAGAUCUAUAAAUCCACAAAGUGUAACGACAUGCAGCAGUGCGGCAGCUGUCCCAGGGGGCCGUUCUGUGCCUUUGCUCACGUUGAAAGGCCCUUUGUACCAGAGGAGCCCCCAUUCCCCACACCAAGUUCCCCUCCGCCCCCCAGACCUCCGGACCCUCUUCCGGCCCAGGAAGCUCCUCCAAGCCCCAACAAACACAACAUGGGCCACGGGCCUGGUUGUGUUUCGGAUCCGUUCUCCCAGUGCGUGGCGGAGCGCGGACUGCUGGGUAGUGUUCUGUCUCUGUGUGAGAACAUGAGGGAGAGGGCGGAGCCUCCGUCUCCGUGGGCAGGAGAGGGCGGCUACGGCAGGGCGCCGGGGUUUGAGAGGGAGGAUCAGGCAAAGCAAAGAAGUUUUGCUCUCGAGCAACGCAGCAGGGAAUUGGCAAUAGUACAAAGCAAACAGGACUUGUUAGUGUUUCUGCCCGUCGGUAGCCCUUUGAGUCUGUCCUCCAGCAUCCCUUCCAGCCUGGCAGCCACCCCACCAAGCCCCGCCCCUCUGGGAGCCCCGGGAUCCGCCUUGUCCUCUGGGAUGAACGCCAACGCCUUGCCCUUCUACCCCACCAGUGAGACAGUGGAGUCAGUCGUUGAGUCCGCCCUAGACGAUCUGGACCUGAAUGACUUUGGUGUGUCGGUGUUGGAGAGGAACUUGGAAAGCAGCUCUGGUCUGCCCAGCGUGGGAGUUAUGCUGGGGGGAAGCCACUUUCAGAGUUCUGCCCCAGUCAAUAUCCCCGGCUCCUUUAGCAGCUCCGCUCCUUUCAGCUCCCCUUCGCCGUCUCCCCCAAUCAGGCCGCACAGUUCACCGUUCUUUUCAACACCCCUCUCACAACCCGGCCAAUCGGAAAACACCUUCUUGGGAGCAUCUCACAACCAUUUAGGUCUGAAUGGUAUGAGCACUAAUAUCUGGGAGCAUUUUCCAUCAGGCCAGGGGUCCCCUGGCACCCCCCCCACCCUCCUGCCCUCUGGCCCCGGUCCAGAGACCUCCAGGCUCAAGCAGGAGCUGGACGAGGCUCACGGGGCCCUGAAGCAGUGGGGGCACAGCUGGAGACACACGGCUCAGGUAGUCGUGGGCCGCACUGAAAGCGGACGCCGAGGAGUCGCGAGCCCACGCGGCCCGGUUGACCAUGGAAGCAGAGAGAGCCAAGCAGUCCGAGGAGGAGGCGCAGAGGCAGGCGUCCCUCCUGCAGGAGGCGCUGGAGAGCCUACGGACCGGAGACAAUCCCCAUCUAGCGCUGCACCAACUCCAGCUGUUGCACCGGCUGCCCUUGGAGUCGGUCCUCAGCUUGCAGGCUCAGCUCUGCAGCUGCUUACACACCGUGGAACAGGUGGUGUACAGGAAACAGAGACAGUGCUGUGUGACGUGUGGCGAGCAGGGCUCGGUGUCCCUGACCUGUGGCCACGGACUGCAGUGUGAGAGCUGCUCUGCCUCCACCGAGUGCCCGCUCUGCCCCGAACAGACCCAGGAGCAGCAGCUCUCUUGACCCCCCCUGAGCCCUGCUGGGCCACCGCAGAUUCCAAACCAGUCGCUCCUGAUUCCACAGACACCAGCCUUGGAUCUCAACCGCCAUCCAAAAUCAUGUUGAGGUCUUUUUUCAUAAUGUGCUAGAGACACAGGCGCUGACUUGGUUUUGUAUUUUUAAGAUGACGUUUACUGAUGAAUGACCAGCACAGGUUUCUAAGUGAAAGUUGUUUAUGUGGAAUUUAGAAUUAAUAAUUUUUCUAGUGGCUACCUGCGGACCACCAGAACUUUUUUACUUAUGCUCUUGACCAGCAACACUGUUCAGAACCCCUGUACUAGAUUUGUGAAAAUCACUUUAUGACCUGCUGUUAUUUCUACUCUAACCCUAACCUAUACAUCAUGGUUGUUAUCAUAUCAUAUAAGUACAAGCUCACCCUACAGAUUAGUUCCUGGAGUGUUAUGGAGCUUCUGGGCCUCUUCUUUGGGAUCUGUGGAGGUUUUUAUUGAUAUUUGCUCUCGCCUUGUGACAACUCUUGGAUUUGAUAGAAAAUAAGUGUUGAGUCUCUUUCCAGAAAUCAUGACCUUGACUCGUGAUAAUUCAGUCCUUAAUAAUCACUGUCCUCGUAAACCACAAUAAUCAUAAUCUAGAGUCGGGGUCAAUCCACAUUACAAGCAAUUUUCUAAGUAAGUAAGCGUACUAGCUGUGUAUCACAUGUAGAAUAAAGCAAAACAGUGGUCGUCUUUACUGACUUUUAAUACUCAGUGGCCAGGUCACAUUCAGUGUUUGCAUUCUAUUUAGGGUCAACAUGAGAACUGUUUUAUGAUUUCUGAAAAGAGGCAUGUUAAGUUGUUGUACAGCAAAGCUGUCCAAACCUUUUAGGUGGACGCACGAUACAGCGGGUUAGCAGUUAGCAGGGUUAUGAGCGGUCUUAACAGAAUCAAGAGGUCCGACUGAAAACAAUUAAAGUGCAUGUUCAGCAUCCUCCAGUGAAAGGAGUGCAGCUUAUUAUUAUUAUUUCUUUUUUAAUUAAAAACAAUUUCCAUAGUUUCUUUUCUACCAAAAUAUAUAUAAAAGGGUCAAUUACUGUUGAAUAACAGAAUUUAUUUAAAAAUGUAUUAAUAUUUGUUUCAAUUUACAACAGAUGGCCUCUUUUAAAACUCUCAGGUUAUCUCUAAUAUUCCUCUGCAUAGGCUGGAAGAGGAACGCAUGUGAACACAAUCAAAGCAAAUGUAUUCAGUCGUCUUGUGUAGUCUUUGAAAUUUCUUUUCUAAUUUUACUUAAAAGCUUUUCAUGUCAACUCAGACGUACCAACUUUUAUUAAAACGCGGCCCAUUUUCUGUUUCGAAUCAAUGUCUCACCGGUUUCUUUGCCAACAUAGUUUUUUACAUUUGUAGUAUUUUUUGACAUUUUUUGUGUGUCAAAUGUAGUCUGAUAUAUAUAUUAUACAUGCGUGUGUGUAUAUAUACACACACACACACAUAGUUAAGUGAUACCAUACGUUUUUCUUGCACUGAUUAAGACCUAGCAUCAGGAAGCAGCCAGAUGUGUGAGGUGCAUGACGUUUAAAUGCAGGUGUGAAAGAGUUGAUGAUCCCCCUCCCUAAACCCAUGCUCACUAACGCAGUUCAUCCGACGCCAAUGGAUAUCUUUGUUUUUGGUACAGCUCAUUAAAAAUAAAUUGUAUAUUUUUGGAA